UAUAACAAAGUUAUUUUAGGUAUGGACAUAUCUCAAAAAAAAUCGCAAAUCAAGCCCCCUGGCUCCGUCCCUGGGCGCCAUGGCUGAUGCUGCCACCUGCCGUCGAUGAAAGCGGUGACCUAGCUUACAGAUUCCACUGCCUCGCAACGAAGGAGGAAGUGAUUCACAAAAACAAGAUAUUCAGCGAUGAAUUGCAAUUACCAGCCGAAAUCGACGUAAUCGACGACGUCGAUUUCGUCGGAUCAUCACACGGUUGGUUAGCUUUGUACAAUCGGAAAAACACCGAUCUGUUUCUCUCAAAUCCAAUCGUCGAUCGACACGUAAAGCUUCCACCUCUCCCCACCGCCGAUCGCGUGAUCCUCUCCGCCUCAGACGCGCCUCUCGCCUCCGCGACUUUCGGUUCGCGCCCACUGCCGACCGCGCCGCUGCGGCGGAGAGUGGACUCUCUUCGGCGGCGACCACACCUACGACAAUCUGGUGUACUCGACCAAACACAAGCGCCUCUUCUGAUACAACUCGAACCUUCAAUACAUCUUUUACCGAUCAACUUCUUCUCUCACGUUCGAAGCACGGAUAAGAAAAUGGAGGACGUCGUUUUUGUGACGCGAUUGCAUGGCAAUCUGAAUGGCUGUCAAUAUUUAAAGGCUAUUAGCCUGAAUGGUGACCACUUGGAUGGUUUCUUUCUUGACAUGUCAUUUAUGGGCGAAUUUGACUAUGUAGAUUACAUUGAGGCUAGUUAUUGUGGUGGGAUUUUCUGUUUCAAUACUUUUAAUGGUCGGAUUGCUCUUUGCAACCCGUUUGCUAACACCGUGAAAUUCCUUCCCCCGACCCUCCCCGCUCCCCCUUCGUCUUAUAUCAGUUUUUAUAAUUGUGGUUUUGGGUAUGAUGCUAAAUCUGACGACUACAAGGUCAUUAGAAUCUUUGAUGUUGUUAAGUACAACGUUGAAGAUUCUUAUAGUUUUUCUGGUGCCACUAGAAAAUGUGAGUUGUUUUCCUUCAAACGUAAUUCUUGGAAAGAGAUUGAGUCCGAAGGAAGUUCGUUUCUUUGCGCCGAUGGCGGUUAUGCCCUUGUGGAUUGUAGUUUUCAUUGGUUAGCUAUGAAUUUCAUUCUAGCAUUUAAUUUCAGUGAAGAAAUUUUUUCUUACAUCUCCUUACCACCAUCUUUUAAUGUAAGAUCUUUUAAUGGAGAUACUCCAGUUUGUCAAGUUGUCGUAACUCCAAACUAUCGUUUAGGUGUCAUUUUCUAUAGUAGAGUUGGAGAGUCCAAGACUUUUCAGGUUUGGGAAUAUGGAAUAGAUGAAGUAUGGUCUAAAUUAUACAAUGAUGAUGCCAUUAUCAAUAAUGUUGACAAACCAUUGAACUUGAAUGGUUCAUUGAUGUAUGUUUCACGAGAAUCUUCUCCGGGCCGCCGUCAACUACUAGUCUAUGACUGGGUUGGGCGGAUAUUGAAAGAACUAGAUAUUUAUGAUUGUGAAGAUGUGCUGGGGAUUUCUACUAUUACUACUUCAUUCCCAACUCCCAAAUUGCGGAAAUCGAUGCCGAUUAAUGGCCAAAGUGCAGAAGAAUGGAAUGCGUGCUGGGAUAGACAUCUGCAGAAAGUUGUGAAGAAAGGUUGAUAAUAUCAUCAAAAACUUUGCCACCUAUGUCAUUUUAUUAUGUAAUCUCUUGGCUAUACUGUUGUGUGCAUUUGUUUUCUGUUUCUGGGAUUAUAACAGAAGGUGAACUCAAAUCAGUUGGGAUUGAAGGUGAACUUUCUCGGUGAUGAUUUUGUUGGGGUUUUCUCUUUUAUUCACUUUUUUUUAGGGAUGAUGGAAGAGAUUUAGGAAUAUUUAUGGAGGAUUUUGAUUUGGGACUUGAAAUUUCCUUGUUGAUUUGAUUUUGGAUUUCGGAUGUCAAAUUGUUC